GGAGGGGAGGAGCCUCCGGCGGAGCAGUCGCCUCCGCCAAGGACCCUCUGCUGUCGCCGCAACCCCGAGCCGCGGGCCGGAGAGGUCCAAAGGAAACCUGAGCAAAAAGGAUGUCCCAGGCCACCAUGGGCUUUCAAGGGACUCCGGACCUCAUGAGCCAGCUUGUUGAUGUCGCCAAGAUGCCAGGAGAGAUGGACAAGCCGCUCAUCAGCCACCACCUGGUGGACAGCAACUACAGCUUAGCUGAGGUCCCCAGUGAGGCCCCCAAAGUGGGCAUCCUGGGCAGUGGGGACUUCGCCCACUCCUUAGCCACUCGUCUGGUGGGUUCCGGCUUCUGUGUGCUGGUGGGAAGCCGAAACCCCAAACGCACAGCCGGGCUCUUCCCCGCAGCGGCACAAGUCACCUCGCAGGAGGAGGCGGUGGCCUGCCCUGAGGUCAUCUUGGUGGCCAUGUUCAGAGAGCACUACUCCUCGCUGUGCAGCCUCAGGGACCAGCUCACCGGCAAGAUCCUGGUGGAUGUGAGCAACCCCACUGAACAGGAACACUUGCAGUACCACCAGUCCAAUGCUGAGUACCUGGCCUCCCUCUUCCCCACCUCCACUGUGGUCAAGGCCUUCAAUGUCAUCUCCGCCUGGACCAUGCAGUCUGGCCCAAGGGAUGGGAACAGGCAGGUGCCCAUCUGCAGUAACCAUCCAGAAGCCAAGCACACUAUCUCGCUGAUGGCCCGCAGCAUGGGAUUCACGCCGGUGGAUAUGGGGUCCUUAGCCUCGGCCCGGGAGGUGGAGGCCAUGCCGCUGCGCCUGCUUCCGGACUGGAAGGUGCCGGCUCUCCUGGCUCUAGGGCUGUUCGUCUUCUUCUAUGCCUACAACUUCACUCGGGACGUGCUACAGCCCUAUGUGCAGGAGAACAAGAACAAGUUCUACAAGCUCCCGGUGUCCGUGGUCAACACCUCGCUGCCAUGCGUGGCCUUCGUGCUGUUGUCACUGGUCUACCUGCCCGGCGUGCUGGCCGCCGCCCUGCAGCUGCAGCGGGGUACCAAGUACAGACGCUUCCCGGACUGGCUGGACCACUGGUUGCAGCACCGCAAGCAGAUCGGCCUGCUCAGCUUCUUCUGCGCGGCCCUGCAUGUCCUCUACAGCCUCUGCCUGCCGCUGCGCCGCUCACACCGCUACGACCUGGUCAACCUCGCCGUCAAGCAGGUCUUGGCCAACAACAGUCACCUCUGGGUCGAGGAGGAAGUCUGGCGGAUGGAGAUCUACAUCUCCCUGGGCUUGCUGGCCUUUGGCACGUUGUCCCUGCUGGCUGUCACCUCCCUGCCAUCCAUUGCCAAUUCGCUCAACUGGAAGGAGUUCAGCUUUGUGCAGUCCACUCUGGGCUUCGUGGCGCUGGUGCUGAGCACGCUGCACACACUCACCUAUGGCUGGACCCGUGCCUUUGAGGAGAGCCGCUACAAAUUCUACCUGCCUCCCACCUUCACACUUACGCUGCUGGUGCCCUGCACCAUCAUCCUGGCUAAAGCCCUGUUCUUCCUGCCCUGCUUCAGCCGGAGACUCUCCAAGAUCCGGAGGGGCUGGGAGAAAGACGGUGAUGUCAAGUUCACACUGCCAGCCAGCCAGGCCCUGGCUCAGAAGACAAGUCACGUGUGAGGAAGGCAGGGUCUAAGCCUGCCCUGCAAACUGGAGCAGACAGGUGUCUUGUCCUGGUCACGCAGUGUGCUGUGACUGCGUGCACAUGGGCUCUUUAAUAUCCCAACGCCUGAGACACAAGAGUCCGCUGUGCCUUUUGGAAUGGCGUGUGUGUGUGUGUGUGUGUGUGUGUGUGUGUGUGUGUGUGUGUAAUGUGUAUGUCCAUGUAUGUUCCUGUCUCUAACAGGAUUUGCCCUUAAGAAGUUGGGUCCCCGAGAUUUCAGAUUACAGAUAUACAAGCCAGUCCCAGGUGUUGGGAGAACAGCACCCACAGGACUGGAGCUUUUGCAGAAACAGACACCCACUGUUUGCACAGCAAAGGCAGUGAGAGGGUGGGGGUAGAUAGCAUAAUGGUUAUGCAAACAUAGUCUCAUGCCUGAGGCUCUAAAGUCUCAGGUUCAAUUCCCACAUCAUCAAAAGAAAAGGCAGUAAGAGGCUUGUCCCUUAGCUACUUCUUUUGUGCAUACCCGUCCUUUCCUGCCACUUUCCCCAGCUGAGCUGGGUUGUAAGGUGGUAGGGGACAACAGCUCUUCCUGGAGCUCCCUUUAGGGGUACCUGAGAUUGCAGGGUCCCCAGUGAGCAGCAGGUGCAGCCCCCUCCCCCUGUCCAUCUUCAGCAGUAGGAGGUCAGGCAGAGUAAAGGACAACUAACAGUAUGUGCUUACCAUGUUUGGGGGGAGGGUGUGGGCUGCAGUUCCUCCCCUAAUCCUCCCUGAGCCUGGAGACUGUUUUUCCCUGAAAGCAAGAAGUCUCCGAGGCAGCUGCAAAUUGAUCCUCUGGCAGGAGGAGUGUGAAGUUACCUCCUCUGAGGAGUUACUAAUGAACCUGUGUAGAGAACAAGGGCACUUUCUUUCCCUCCUUUAAGUUGGUGGUGACCGUCCUUGAAACCACGGUGCCUUCUCACCUUUUUACAUCAUUAGUUUGAGUGUCUCCCUGAAAAGCCUGGAGCAGAGCCUCUGAAAGUCAGCAGGACCCAAUGCACACACAGCCUCACAGCAGACCCUCUGGGGGCCUCCGGGGGGGUGACUAGAGGACUGUCUCCACUAAGCUGGCCCUGUGGAAGAGCACUGGACACCUCUCCCAGAGUCCUCUGCUGUCCCUGGGCAGAGAACCUGUCUUUCUGGCUCCAGGCUCCUAACCAAGGGUUAGGCUUCAAAAUAGCUGGGAGGGUCUUUCCUGCUAAAGCCAGAAACCUGAAUUGCUGCCACCCCAAAGCACAGGAAGCUGGCCUCCAGCCAGGGUCCAGCACAUGCAUCCUGGGCCACGUGGCCACCCCUCACCACCUCCUGUGGACCCAGCUCUUACUUCCCCCGUGAGAAAUAGUUGGGACUGAGCCCCCCCAGUCCCUGGCUCUGGAACUGGAGUGAGUGAUCAUCCUCACACACAGGAAGCUGCUCUCAACUCCGGGGGUGAAGCUCCUCUGAAAAGAAGGCCUCAGGGGACACAAAGGUGCUGACCACACCCAUUUCUUAGAGCACCGGGAUGAUAGGGCACCUCAGGACAGAACAGAAGAGUGACCUGGCGAGGGUGGACUUGAUGGCGAGACUAGCAGGGCUCGUCCAGCUCUUCAUGAGCUCAUGUCUGCAGAGCACAUUUGGGUCUUUUAGUGAGAAAGAAAGGAGCGGGGUGAUGGGGAGGGCAGUGUAAGAAUAUCCCAUUAGGCCAGUGGCUGGUGGAGGGCAAGGAAGUGCAGGCAUAUGUCUGAGCUUCCUGGUGAUGUUUUCCGACCAUCCUCCGAAGCUGAGUGCAGAAUUCUGGCUCCUAAAUUGGACCUCAGAGAGGCUAGCAAGGCAGAGUCUUUAGCAUUUGCUUGGGGAAAAUGAGUGUUCCUCCCUUUCUGGCUGGUAGGAAACAGAACAUAGACAACCAGGACCCAUUAAAGGUCAACACCCCAGUUGAUAUUGGCUGCUCUUUUUCUCCACCAUUCCCUGGGCCCGGGGAUGGCUCUGUACCAAAGAUGCUGACACACAAAGUCCAGGAUGCAUGCCAACCCGCCCCGCUCCACCCUCUCCCCCACAUACCUCCUGUUGCAGGCGCAUCUCCAGAGGGGAAGGAUUGAGAGGUGGAUGACAGGAGCAGGCAGGGAAAGCAGAGGGCCUGGCAACUGGAUGGGCAGUGGAUGAGACAUGUGCUGCCUUGACCCAGUGUUUGCUGUUGCUCUUCCUACCUCACCAGGUGGCUGGCAGCAGUGCCCCUGCCAGAGUGAAUCUCUUCCCUCUAGCCCAGUAAAUGCUCCGUGCCUUGGCUACAAAAGUGCCUAAGAGCCAACAUGCUCUGGAAAUCCUAAAUGCCACCAUCUGAGGUCAGUGUUUAGAACUCAUGCCAUUGAUGGGAAUCUGGGGAAUGUUAUGCAUGUACAAACUAUUGUACUUACUGUUGAAUGUAAAACAUUAAUUCCCUAAUAAAAAAAUAGUACUAAAAAAAAAAAGAACUCAUGCCAUUGAAAGAGCCUUUCUGUGCAUUUUGUUUUUACUGUGUAAUACUCAUCUAGAAAGCAAUGAAAAUAAACACCAAGACUACCACAAA